CCCCGCCCCGAACCGAUGGAUCUUAACGACGCGAGCGCCACCCGCCAUCGCCCGCCGACCCGCGUGCCUCCUGCCGGGGGGAAAGGCUAAGGCACCAUGGCAGAUGCGGUGUGAGGGGCGGCGUCUCGAGCCCCGGCGCGGGCAGGCAUCGCACACCUAAGCCCAAAGGCUACAUCCUCGACAUGUUCCCCUACCCCAGGGCGUGACUGAAUUUCCCGACUGAAAAAUUCGUUAAAGGUCAAGUUCGAGAGAGGCAGCCGCGGUGGCUUCCAUGGCAGGUGAAGGAGAAAAGGUGGAUUUUGAGAUGAAGAAGAAGAAGGGGGAGAGGUGAUGCUGGCAAUGCCUGCCCGCCGUAUACGGUGUACCUAACGCCUACAAUUCAAUCAGGUACUGUAUUAUCAUGUGGCGAGGAAUGCUGGGAACAGUUCCUUUUUGGCAGCCAUCUCUUUCAGAUUUACCAGAUGGUUCGUGUGGAAGAUGUUCGAUGAUGGGGAUAGCUGGACCUUGACUGCAAAAUGAUGUGUAUCAAGAAUUAAGCUUCCUGCCAUUACGACAAAGAUGGGCGCAGAAAUCUUUGGCUUGCCCUGCUUCUUGUCCUUGAUGACUGGCUUGGCACUUUGGAGGAUCAACUACGUUGCACAAUAAUAGGGCACUUCCUGAACCGUACUGGAAUCCAGAAAAUUGGUUUCAAGAAACUGUGAAAUACACCGUCGACAAAUAUUUAUUAUUGUUACUUGAUGGUGGCAAAUAAAUGAUGGCAAGCUAUUUUUCAAUCAUCCGGGGGCGUGAUCUAGAAGCAAGCUAACCAAGACGGCACUGAAGUCAAAGUCAAGUACAAGUUUCUGCUCCCCUUCCUUACUUCCACAUAUAUAUAUAUCUAAGCACACACACACACGCAAAUAUUUAAUAAGCACAUUCCAUUAGGACAAGAAGAGAGACAUGGCUCCUCAAGUUUUUGGCACCCAAUCUCUGAUUCCUCUGUCCCACCAUGCACUCUUCCUUCUUUGCACCAUCCUCAUAUUUCAAUCCUCCAACACAAUCAUAUUCUCAUCAGCACAGGCUACCAACAAAACCGAAGAUGACCGGCAAGCUCUUCUUUGCUUCAAAUCUGGCAUCUCCAAGGACCCUGCCGGUGUUCUUCGAUCAUGGCGCAGUGACAACUUCUGUGGCUGGCGAGGGGUCACCUGCAGCACCACCCUCCCAAUCCGCGCCGUGUCCCUCCAACUCAGGUCUACGCUGCUCACAGGAACACUAUCCAGUUGCAUGGCAGCCCUUGAUUCUCUAGUUCAGUUGAACCUUGGGAACAAUAAGUUAUCUGGAAGCGUACCUGAAGAGAUAGGUGAGCUUCGGAGCCUCCAAACCCUGAUGCUUGCUGGCAACAGGCUUUCAGGUACCAUCCCUCUGUCAUUAGGUACAGCUGCAUCUCUUAGAUAUGUCAACCUUGCAAACAAUUCUCUUAGCGGAGCUAUCCCUGUUUCCUUAGCAAAUAGUUCAUCACUCAGUGAGAUAAUCCUCUCACGUAAUGACUUAUCUGGGUUGAUCCCAGCUAAUCUGUUCAACUCAUCCAAACUUGUUGCUGUUGACCUCCGGUCGAAUGCUCUCUCCGGGCCUAUCCCACAUUUCCAAAAGAUGGAUGCUCUGCAAUUUCUUAAUCUUACAGGGAAUUUACUUUCUGGUACUAUACCAGCAUCUUUGGGCAAUGUUUCAUCAUUGCGUUCCCUCCUGCUAGCACAAAACAACUUAGCAGAAUCAAUUCCGGAAACUUUGGGUCAAAUUCCAAACCUAACAAUGCUAGAUCUAAGUUACAAUAGAUUCUCGGGGUAUGUCCCAGCCACACUGUACAAUAUGUCAUCACUCGCACUCUUUAGGUUAGACAGCAACUAUUUUAUCGGACAGAUACCUUCUAAAAUAGGCCACUCACUUCCAAAUCUUCAAACAUUGGUAAUGGGAGGCAACGGAUUUCGUGGACCAAUCCCAGAUUCUCUGACCAACAUGUCAAAGCUCCAAGUGCUUGAUCUUUCAAGCAACUUGCUGACGGGCGUGGUGCCAUCUUUAGGAUCCUUGGCAAACUUGAGUGUACUGCUUCUAGGAGAUAAUAAACUCGAAGCUGAUAACUGGGCAUUCCUUACCUCUCUGACCAAUUGCACUCAGUUGUUAAUAUUAUCAGUAGAUGGAAAUAUCCUGAAUGGAAGUUUGCCAAAAGCAGUGGGCAAACUUUCAACAAAGCUUCAGCGGUUAAGCUUUGGUAGAAACCAAAUUUCUGGAAACAUACCAGCUGAGAUAGGCAAGCUUGUAAGUCUCGCUCUGCUUGACAUGGGCCAGAACAUGCUCUCAGGACAAAUUCCCCCGAGUGUUGGGAACUUGAGCAAUUUGUUUAUCCUGGAACUAUCGAGGAAUAGAUUAUCAGGUCAGAUUCCAUCAACGGUUGGUUAUCUUCCUCAACUCGGCCAGUUUUAUCUUGAUGACAACAGUUUGUCUGGAAACAUACCAGCAACUAUAGGACAAUGCAAAAGUCUAGAUAUGCUGAACUUCAACAACCUUGAUGGAUCCAUACCAAGAGAACUCCUAAAUAUUUCUUCCCUUUCAUUGGGUUUGGACUUGUCAAACAACAACCUGGAUGGGCCGGUACCAAGGGAAGUUGGUAACCUGAUCAAUCUUGGCCUUCUUAAUGUUUCCAACAACAAAUUGUCGGGUAGCCUUCCUUCUGAACUUGGCAUGUGUAUUCGUCUGACAUCCCUUCAGAUUGAAAGCAACAUGCUUAGUGGGAUUAUUCCUCAGUCUCUCGCUGCACUAAGGGGCUUAGACCAAAUAGAUCUGUCUGACAACAAUUUAACUGGUGAAGUUCCGCAGUUUUUUGAGGGCUUCAGCAGCAUAAGUUACAUUGAUAUAUCAAACAACAAAUUUGAAGGGCCAAUCCCGACUGGUGGUAUAUUCAGAAAUUCAACUAAGGUAUCCCUGCAAGGUAACAAAGGGUUAUGUGAAACUGCUGCUGCCAUAUUUGGACUUCCCAUUUGCCCAACCACCUCUCCCACCACCUCAUCAACAAAAAGGAAGAUCAACACACGCCUGCUGCUGAUAAUAGCUCCAGCAGUUACUAUUGCUUUGUUCUCAUUAUUAUGUGUUGUUGUCACUGUUAUGAAGGGGACUAAAGCUCAACCAUCUGAAAGUUUCAAGGAGACAAUGAAGAGGGUGUCAUAUGGGGACAUCCUUAAAGCCACCAAUUGGUUCUCCCCGGUCAACAGGAUCAGCUCCAGUCACACAGCAUCAGUCUACAUUGGUCGGUUUGAGUUCGAAACGGAUCUAGUGGCCAUCAAGGUCUUCCAUCUUAGCGAGCAAGGUUCGAGGAAUAGCUUUUUCAGCGAGUGUGAAGUACUAAAACACACCCGCCACCGUAAUCUGGUUCAAGCUAUUACCCUGUGCUCAACGGUUGAUUUUGAGGGCGAUGAGUUCAAGGCUAUAGUAUACGAGUUCAUGGCAAAUGGUAGCCUGGACAUGUGGAUACACCCAAGGGUUGGCAGCUCAAGGAGGCUGCUGAGCUUGGGCCAGCGGAUAAGUAUUGCUGCUGAUGUGGCUUCCGCUCUGGACUAUAUGCACGACCAACUGACACCUCCUUUGAUUCACUGUGAUCUGAAGCCGAGCAAUGUUCUGCUGGACUACGACAUGACCUCACGCAUUGGCGACUUUGGGUCCGCCAAGUUUCUCUGUUCAAGUAUCGGCAGACCAGAAGGCUUGAUUGGUGUAGGAGGAACAAUCGGAUAUAUCGCUCCUGAAUACGGGAUGGGAUGCAAAGUCUCGACAGGCGGCGACGUGUACGGCUUCGGGGUGCUGCUACUGGAGAUGCUCACGGCGAUGCGACCUACGGAUGCACAAUGCAGCAACGCCCUCAGCCUCCACAAGUACGUCGAUCGAGCCUUCCCCGAGAGGAUCGCUGAGAUUCUAGAUCCUCAUAUGCCAUCCGAGGAGGACGAGGCGGCUGCUUCUCUGCGUAUGCAAAACUACAUUAUACCUUUGGUCAGUAUUGGCCUGAUGUGUACCAUGGAUUCGCCGCAAGAUAGACCAGGUAUGCAUGAUGUCUGUGCCAGAAUUGUUGCCAUCAAAGAGGCAUUUGUCGAGACCUUGUUGUGAUUACGGCAACUAGUCAUAUAUACACUAUUACAGUAGUUGUAUCACUUGUAGAAUAAUUCCAACAUUUUUUUGUAUGUAUCUGGUAAAUAUGAACCAUUAUGCUAUGUGCCCGCCAAAAUAAGCGGGGUAAAUAUUUCUCUUUUUAUCUCA